UAAUAUUUAUCCUGACUCCUUGAAGUAACGUUGCAUCUAACGGUCCCGGUGACGUCAGUCACGUGAUUUGCAUAUCUCUGCUUAUAAAUCCAGUGAUUCUGCGCUUUUGCUCACACUGCUGCAUCCGCUGGAGAAUAAACCACUUCAACUACCACAAACUCUGACCCACUGCAAACAUGUCUGACAAGCCAAAUCUCGAGGAGGUGACCAACUUUGACAAAAGCAAGCUGAAGAAGACAGAAACUCAGGAGAAAAAUCCUUUGCCGUCUAAAGAAACCAUCGAACAGGAGAAACAGGCGGGUUCGUCAUGAAACCUUCUCGGCACACUUCUAUGCACUGUACAUUCCACAUUGCCUUCUUUUUCACGUCUUUUCGCUGUUUAACUUUUAACGGAAAAAUAUGACCUAAGUCGCAUUGUGAUUGGACAACCAAAAAAAUGCAGACGUCCGUACAAGCCCUAUGUUUCUGUGCCCACGUACUCCUCUUUUUGUAAACCGCACCACUGAUAUUCUCAUGAAGUUUGUUGAUAUGGAUGAUGAGGAGAAGGAGAAGAAGAAGAUGAAGGAGGAGGAGGCGGAGCCUGGCGUGAAGCUUCAUCAGUUUCACUGCUUUGAGAAGUGGCGAGGGGGCGGGGCAAAGAGUUUGAGUGACACGUAACAGAGAAUCGCUCUUGUAACAUCUAUUGUGACCUUGGUUGACUUGCUCAAAUGCUUUAAAGUCAUGCAGUGUUUUUUCGUAUGUUGACGUCUUGGAAUGCACAAUUUUUUGUUUUGUAAUGCAAAUAAAGAUCUGUAAUAUUCAGAUGGA